AUGCCAGGGUGGUGGGAAAGGGCACCGCAGCACCCACGCCUUGGGUCCCUCCGGGAGGCAGGGCAGGGAGAACAGUCCUGGGGAACUGGAAGGGCCCUGGACAGGGAGAAGAGUCCUGGGAAAUGGACAGAGAACUGGGCCAAGAGAAGGGUCCUGGUGACUGCAUUUCCCUGCUGGUUUUCCCCACAGCUGGGCUUCAACAUCCGGGGAGGAAAAGCCUCGCAGUUGGGAAUCUUCAUCUCCAAGGUGAUUCCCGACUCGGAUGCUCACAGGGCCGGGCUGCAGGAGGGGGACCAGGUGCUCUCAGUGAACGAUGUGGAUUUCCAGGACAUUGAGCACAGCAAGGCCGUGGAGAUCCUGAAGACGGCGCGGGAGAUCACGAUGCGCGUCCGGUACUUCCCCUACAAUUACCAGCGGCAGAAGGAACGGACAGUUCACUAACAGGGAGCUCCAUCCUGCCAGAACCUCUCCACUCCUUCUUCCCAACGUCUGAGAUGACUCCUCACGGUUCAGCUUUCACUGGAGGCACCCCUGGCCUGCACAGGAUCAGCUCUUUCCCACGUGGGGAGAUGCCAAGGGGCUCAUGUGGCUGGAAGGUGGCUGGGGAUUGAGGCUGUGCUCCUGGGAAUGGGUGUUGGGAAAAGCUGGUAGGAAGUGGGUGCUGGGGGGCAGCUGCUCCAGCAGGAUCCAGAUUUUAGCAAGACUUCAAUUAAGUGAGUUCUGGGCUGGUUGUGGAUCCCUUGAUCCUGGAUCCCUGGUUGUUGAGCAUUCCUGAGCAGAGCACAGGCAUUGUCCUCCAGGAAAUUCACUUGUUUCACUCUCUUGUGCCAUGGAAUUCUUUCCUUCUCCUCUCUCCCACCUCUGCUCUGCAUUGCUGGGUUUGCUGGCAACUCCAGGAGUAAAAUCCAGCCCCAGUUCAUGCACAGCUCUGGCUGUUUGUGCCUCUUUGCUGAUAACACCCCCACAAUAUAGGACUGGGAUAUUUGCAAAUGUUAAUUACCAAGUAAAUUAUCAGCAAAUGCCUGGUGGGAUCACGUUGUAAUGGCUUCAGGACAGCCCUGGCUCUGACUUCUCUUCUUUGUGGCGUUUUCCACUUUUUCUGUAAAAACAAUCAAUAAAUCAAGUACAGCAGCCUGAAUUCA